GCGUUAUCAUCGGGUGAAGGACGGCUAAGUGAAAAACGGUACGAGUUUUCUUUGAAAGAAAAGAGCCGCAAACCCCCGUCUCACGACCGUGGGGUCAAAACUACACCCGGCGGCGGCGGUCGGCAAUACGAGGAAAAGCUCAAUAACAAGGCGGGGGAGGGCAAAGGCUUUAUGUACACGCAGUUUCCUCAAUCUCCUCCACAACACGAAAAAAAAAAAGUGGUCGAGUUCAUUUUGCAUAAAUUAUAUGAAGAUGUGACGUUUUCAUGGGGUGGGGGGUCGGUAUUUUACACUGUCACUGCACGCCCAUUCAUUAGCUUACUGCUCACUGUUAAGACAACGCAGAAGUUUUUAAUCCGCCGAAGAGGAGGAGAUCGGGCUGUUCUCCACUGUACAGACAGAAGGCAGGGUAGCUGACCAGCAAGCAUGGCAGAAGCUCAUCAGGCCGUGGCCUUCCAGUUCACCGUCACCCCAGAUGGCAUCGACCUGCGGCUCAGCCACGAGGCCCUGCGGCAGAUCUACCUGUCGGGGCUGCACUCCUGGAAGAAGAAGUUCAUCAGAUUUAAGAAUGGCAUCAUGACUGGGGUCUAUCCAGGCACCCCCACAAGCUUGCUGGUGGUUGUGGUGGGGUACAUGUCCACACUCAUGGACGACGAGGAGUACAAAAGGAUGGAGGCUCUAGCGAAGGAUUUUGAAGCAAACUUGGGCCCUCGACUCCAGUGGUAUUUAAAUCUGAAAUCCUGGUGGGCCACUAAUUAUGUGAGUGACUGGUGGGAAGAGUACAUCUACCUCAGAGGGCGCGGACCCAUCAUGGUCAACAGCAACUACUACGCUAUGGACUUUCUUUAUGUCACUCCAACCAGGCUGCAGGCGGCCAGAGCUGGUAACACAAUCCACGCCAUCAUGCUGUACAGAAGAAAGCUGGACAGAGAGGAGAUUAAGCCACUUAUGGUUCAAAACACUAUUCCAAUGUGCUCGUCCCAGUAUGAGCGUAUGUUCAACACCAGUCGCAUCCCAGGUGUAGACACAGACACCCUUCAACACAUGAGGGACAGCAAGCACAUUGUGGUUUACCACAAGGGGCGCUUCUUCAAGGUCUGGAUGUAUCAUGAUGGGCGUCUGCUGAAGCCCAGGGAGAUUGAGCAGCAGAUGGAGAGAAUUCUGGCAGACAAGUCUGAACCACAGCCAGGAGAGGAGAAACUGGCUGCCCUGACAGCAGGAGACAGAGUGCCUUGGGCCAGUGCUCGUCAGGCCUAUUUCAGUAAAGGGAAGAAUAAGCAAGCCUUGGACACUGUGGAGAAGGCAGCCUUCUUCAUGACUCUGGAUGAUAGCGAGCAGGGCUUCGUGAAGGAGAGUCCUGUGGAUUCUCUGAGCAACUAUGCCAAAUCUCUGCUUCAUGGCCAGUGCUACGACAGGUGGUUUGAUAAAUCUUUCACUUUCAUUGUCUACAAGAAUGGAACCAUGGGGCUGAAUGCAGAGCACUCCUGGGCUGAUGCCCCUAUUGUAGGACACCUGUGGGAGCAAGUCCUGGCAAUCGAUUCUUUCCAGCUCGGUUACACGGAGGAUGGGCAUUGCAAAGGAGAGCUCAACUCCAGUAUUCCCGGCCCUCAGAGACUGCAGUGGGACAUCACAGAAGAGUGCCAGGGCGUAAUAGACAGUUCCUUCACGGUUGCCAAAGCUCUAUCCGAUGACGUUGACAUCCACAUCGUCCCCUUCAACACCUUUGGGAAGGGGCUAAUUAAGAAAUGCAAGACCAGCCCCGAUGCCUUCAUUCAGAUUGCCCUGCAGCUGGCACAUUUCAGGGACAAAGGCAAGUUCUGUCUGACCUAUGAAGCUUCAAUGACGCGUCUCUUCCGAGAAGGGAGGACGGAAACAGUGCGCUCCUGCACAGUGGAGAGCAGCGAGUUUGUACGUGCAAUGAUGAACUCUGCAACGAAAGAAGAGAAGAUUAAGCUGUUUCAACGUGCAGCUGAAAAACACCAGCAUAUGUACCGUUUGGCCAUGACUGGAAAAGGCAUUGACCGUCACCUCUUCUGUCUCUACGUUGUGUCCAAGUAUCUUGGAGUUGACUCCCCAUUCCUCAAGCAGGUGCUGUCGGAGCCCUGGAGGCUGUCCACCAGCCAGACGCCCCACCAGCAGCUGGAGCUCUUCGACCUGCGCAACAACCCAAAUCAUGUGACCAGUGGUGGCGGCUUUGGACCUGUUGCUGAUGAUGGAUAUGGAGUUUCUUACAUCAUUAUUGGAGAAAACCACAUCAACUUCCACAUUUCCAGCAAACUCUCCAGUCAUGAGACGGAUUCCCAUCGCUUUGGAAACAACAUCACACAGGCCAUGCUUGACAUCCUCAACCUCUUUGAGCUGGACAAUAAGCCCGUCAAGUGAUGCACUUCCUGCCAGGGCAAAAGCUCAAAGAAGAAAGGCUCCAAAAAUAUUGUUCCAUAAACUUGUACAAAUGUAUUUUGGGUUUUAAUUCUAAUGUAAUGAGUACAAAAUACAAGGAAAGGCUAAAAAUAAUAGAAGUUAAACUGAUAUUGUGUUCAAGGUUAUGUUCAAAUUUUGUGGGAUAAAAGCAGUUUUCGUACGUGAUAUUCAGACCUGUUUUAAAAGAUUGUAUGCGCUGCUGCCUUAAUGAGUUUUCUACUGGAAUGAAGAGUGAAGGAAAGGGAAAGAUGGUAAGGGGCACAUCAGACGUGAAACUGGGGAAUUUGGUGACAUCAUUUACAGUCUAGAAUGAUGAAAGGUCUUGCACUGUUAUGGGUGUGCAGUAACCGUAUAAGCUGCUAUAUUAUUUGAUUAAUUUAAAGUAGAAAUAAUAUAGUUUAUCUUCGUUCUCACUCAGGUUUUUAACUCUGUAUCCACAUUAGGUGUUUUGCAGUAAAUUGCAGAAAUGACACUUGUUUUCCAGUAGCUGUAGAUGAAGUGACAAAUCACAAUUCAGAAAAUAGUAGCUGUGCUGGUUGGUAUGCAUCAGGACAGCUCUCGUUUUACACUGUCAGGUGAGAUAGUCAGGCAAAAAGCAUUUGCUGCAGUAGUGUAGGGAGUAGUUUUAGAUUGAAUCCAGCCAUGCGCUGUGGGUCUCAACGCUGACAACCAAGCCUCACACAUAGAAAAGGCUCCCAGAACUGUUGGGUGACUCCUGGUUCUGUCCUGCUGCCUAAACCACUGGUCUGGAAGCUUUGCCAGUCUGGAUCAAAGUUACUACACCAGCUAAAUUUCAGCAAGGACCAUCGCAUUAGCUCAAUAUUAGAACUGGUUUAAUUUUGUGGGCAUUUAUGUUUCUAAUUUUAAGCCUUAAAUCAAUUACACUAUCUGUUCUGUAAUGGAUUGGUGAGUUGAUGUACAUCAUUAUUGUUUGCUGAAGCAAUAUUAACAGAUGAUAUUAAAUAAUGGGAAUUAUAGGUCUUCUCAGACUGAAGCCUGCAUUCUCUGGACUCCUAAGAGCCUCUAUACUAGGACAGUUAUCAUCUUUUGAUAUUGAUCUUUAAAAAAAUGAAGUGCUUUACACUUGUUGUUUGUUGGGAAGACUUAAGUGGAUAACAGAAAAUGAUGGUAAGGCUUGUGUCUUUUGUUGUUGUAUUUGUUUCUUUUUUUAAUGGUAAGUGUUAUUAGAAUCAUUUUGUUACACUUGACAAAACACAAAGUAUGAACAGAACUAAAAUUAUGUACAAAUACAGUAACAAACAUGCAUGCAUUUUUUUUACUAAAUACAGUUGCAUUUUUUUUUCAAUGGUUCUGAUAACCCUUUGAAUAAAGAGAAACUUUGCAAGUCUGGCUAAAUGUUAUUGGUUCAGGACACAUUGUUUUUGAUUGGAAGUGUGAAGCAGUUCAACAUUAACAGCAGAUUUAAUAUUGUAUGUAUUUUAUCAUUAAAAAGAAAAACGUACUUGAAUUUUCAGUUAAAGGCUAUUCCAUCCUUUUGUUGUUAUUCAUGAAUAUUAUUGCUGAUUUCACAUUUGUAUGGCUAUAGUGCUUGUUGCAUGGAUUUAAUGCUGAGAUUGUACAAUUACACAAGCUGACUAUUUCACAACUUAUGUACAAGAACUCAAAAACCAAAAGUAAGAUUUCCCAGGACAAUAAAGAUUGCCAAAACUCAA